AUGUCAACCGACCCCCAUCCGGGCCAGCCCACGGGCACGAGCCCAGAGCCCGAAAAGUCCACGCCCUCCACCCUCACAGACGAACCCUCCGGAGCCAACCACGACACCAAAGAUGCCCCAGCAGAUCCAGCAUCCGAGCUGGAAAUCAGCACCAGCACCAAAACCCUCAUUAUCGUCUCCGUAUUCCUCACCAUGUUCCUCGUCUCCCUCGACCGGACCAUCAUCUCCACCGCCGUCCCCUCCAUAUCCAACGAAUUCCACUCCCUCAGCGACGUCGGCUGGUACGGCAGCGCCUACCUGCUCACCUGCUGCGCCUUCCAGCUGCUAUUUGGCAAGGUGUACACCGUCUUCUCGACCAAGGUUGUGUUUCUCGCGAGCACCUUCUUGUUUGAAGUGGGCUCGGUCAUCUCGGGCGCGGCACCGAACUCGGUGGCGUUUAUUGUUGGACGGGCGGUGUGUGGUGUUGGGUCGGCGGGGAUUUUCGCGGGGACUAUCGUUACUAUCAUCUCCAUCGUCCCGCUGCACCAGCGCCCCAAGAUCCAGGGCGCGUUCGGCGCGUUGUUUGGUAUUGCGUCCAUUGUUGGGCCGCUAAUUGGCGGCGCGUUUACGUCGAAUGUUACUUGGCGCUGGUGCUUUUACGUGAAUCUGCCCAUUGGCGGCGUGGCGAUGCUUGUCGUCGCGCUCUUCAUGAAGGUGCCUGGCAAAGACUCAAACCCAGCGGAGCUAUCCCUCGGCCAAAAGAUUCUCCAGCUCGAUCUCAUCGGCACGGCCGUUCUGGUUCCCGGCGUGGUGUGUUUGUUGCUUGCUCUGCAAUGGGGCGGCCAAGCCUACCCGUGGUCCAACCCCCGCAUAAUAGCCCUCCUAACCAUCUCCAUGGCCCUCCUCAUCUUCUACACCCUCCUCCAAACCACCAUCCUCUCCCCCACCCAAGCCACCAUCCCCCGCCGUCUCUUCUCCCGCCGCACCAUCCCCUCCGCCCUCUGGGCCACCUUCACCAUCAACGCCGGCCAAAUCAUCAUCAUCUACUUCCUCCCCAUCUGGUUCCAAGCCGUGCUCGGAGUAUCCCCCGUCGAUUCUGGCCUGCGCUUACUCCCCGUCAUGUUGGCUACUGUUGUUGGGUCGAUCUUGGGCGGGGUGUUUAAUUCCAAAGUUGGCUACUACACGCCCUUGGCGAUCGUGGGAUCGUGCAUCACGGCGGUGGGCGCGGGGCUGUUGACGACGUUGCAGGUGGACAGUGGACAGGCGGUGUGGAUUGGGUAUCAGGUGGUGUAUGGGUUUGGAUUGGGGUCGUCGUUUCAGAUUCCGAAUUUGUCGGUGCAGGCGGCGCUGCCGAAGGGGGAUGUGCCGUUGGGGAUGGCGUUGAUGUUUUUUGGGGGGUUUGUGGGGUCGACGGUGUUUGUGUCGGUGGGCGAGAAUGUGUUGGCGAAUCAGUUGGUGAGGAGGUUGGAGGGGUUUCCGGGGUUUGAGGCGAGGUUGGUGAACGAGGGGGGUGUGACGGGGGUGUUGGAGGCGUUGCCGGCGAAGGUGAGGGGAGAGGCGUUGGUGCAGUAUAAUGAGGCGUUACGGGCGGUGUUUCAGGUUGGGUUGAUUGUGACGUGUUUGACGAUUUUGGGCACGGCGUCGUUGGAGUGGUUGAGUGUGAAGAAGCCGCAGGAGAAGGCUGAUGAUGGUGAGAAGGGGGGUGAGAAGAAGCUCGAGUCCGAGGUGUAA